UUUGAAAACAAAUGCACAAUUUUUCUGAACAACACUCCACAUGGCGGAUAUGACACGUGGCAUAAUUGUUACAGCAAAAUGCCAUUGGAAUUUGGAAUUCGGAAGUUCCAACCAAUGCGAUGCGAUAGGCAGUGUUAGGGCAAAAAAAUGGCGGGAGCAAGAGGAUCGAUAGCAUCGUGUGUUUUCUGUGAAAUAGCGACGAAAUCCAGCUCCGAUACUCUUCUUUACUCUGAUGAUAAGGUUGUUGCUUUUCGGGACAUUAAUCCAUCUGCUCUCAGGCAUUACUUAGUAGUUCCUGUCGAGCACAUUCCUACUGUUAAAGAUCUUCAGAGAAAAACUGAAGACUAUUCUUUGGUGAGUCACAUGUUAGAGGUGGGGAGAAUGUUAACAAUUAGAGAUGCACCUCAGUCCAAGCAGUACAGAUUUGGCUUUCAUCAGCCUCCACUGAACUCUGUUGACCACCUACACCUCCAUUGUUUGGCGUUACCAUAUACUCCCAGAUGGAGAUGUAUAAAAUACCUUUCUUUCGGACCACUUGGUUUCAUUGAAGCGGAGAAGUUUCUGAAACAGAUUAAGCCUUAGCCAACAGUUCACUCAAAAGAAUAAAUUAACUUGAUGUUGGCUUUUCAUCUUUCAAGUAAGAUGGUAGAUAUAUUGAAUCUCAUUCAAACUUUCCUCUCCAAUUUUCUGAUGAGCAAAGUUUGUAGUUAAAGUUAUCCCUUUGGAUCUGUAAAUUAUGAUGCAUGAUAUGAUAUCUUACGUGACCUUCAUAUGUACAACAACUAAUAAGAAUGGUAAAUUGGCAACUGCUAUAUAUAGUAACUGAACUUGUUAAGGAAGGAUGAUGUAUCCCUUGAAGGGUGAAGUAUAUCAAUGUAACAGUGACAAAAUGAGUCAAUAGUAUGAAUUAUAGCUCAGUGGAGGUCAUCGUGAAGAUCUCACACAAGCUGAUAAUCGAGGGGAAGGUGAAGGAUUCGAUUAUGGAUGAUGAGGAGAGGUUUUGGCAAAGUAACAAUAUGUUGAGCAAUGGUGAAGAAGAUGACUGUUUCGAGGAGUGAGCAUAUAUAUAUAUAUAUAUAUAUAUAUAUAUAUAUAUAGCAUGGGGGAAGAUUCCCUAGCAUGGGAAGUGUGAUGCCAUAAAUAUUUUCAGCUCUGCAGACUCAAUUGAUGUGUGAGGCUGCAUAGCUCAUCACUUGUGAGUGUGAGGGCCAUGCGUGAGUGGGAGUGAGGGAAAAUCAGGUGUAAUGGGACCAUUUGUCCUGUGGUGAAUCAAUGGACUGGGCCUAGGGGAAGCCCAAACAGGCUCAACUGGCUGGUCCAGAACAGUAACAAAAGCUCUAAUGACGUAUAUUCAGCAUAAGGGCUUGUUUGGUGUGAUGUAUAGGAUAAGACCUGAUAGUAUAAGCCCUGAUAGUAUAAGGCCUGAUAGUAU